CUCACACAGUGUCUCCAGGAUUUCUCUCUUCCUAUUUCAGGAGGGCUCUCACAGACUCGGGCAGCCUGUGCGAAGCUGAGCUUCCCCUGGAUCCUGUAUAUACACAACACAUACUCACACGCACUCACACCAACAAGAACUAUACGCACCGCGCACAGACCCGCUCAUUCCAGUCUCUCCAUCCUCCCCUCACGCCAAGGCAACGCGCGGUUCCCACCUUCACUCUCUCACGGGCAAAGCCGGCUCGUGGGGAGUCCGGAUUUCUGCCUCUCGAGAACUCGGAUCGCAGCUUCGAACCCCUUAUGCCUUUUCCCCCCCUCUCCCUUUUUUUCUUUUGGUUUUGGGGGAUAGAAGAAAAAGGCGACUGCUUUCCCAGACAGCCUUGGUUGGCUGGCUUGCCAUCUUCCAUCUGGCUUAUAAAAGUUUGCUGAGAGCAGUGCAAGAGGUCUGGGUUGCUCAUCCCCUCCGCUGGCGGCGGGGGGUGGGGGUGGGCAAGGGGAUAGGGAGGUGGGGGGAGGGCACUGCUAGCUCCGGAGGCAUCCCGACGUUUGGGACAAGGUGAAGACGCUGCCGGACCUGGGAUUUUAUUUACUGAGCUGGAUUUGCAUGCUACACCAUGCCUUCUCGGAUCGGGGCUCUGCUUUUCUUUUUCACCGGGCUGCUGCUAUCACUUUCAGUCGAGGCGGAUGUUAAAGCUCGUAGCUGCAGUGAGGUCAGGCAAGCUUACAGUGCCAAAGGAUUCAGCCUGGUCAAUAUACCCUACCAGGAAAUAGCAGGGGAACACUUAAGAAUCUGCCCUCAGGAAUACACAUGCUGCACCACAGAAAUGGAGGACAAAUUGAGCCAACAAAGCAAAUUGGAGUUUGAAAAUCUUGUGGAAGAGACAAGCCAUUUUGUGCGUACCACCUUUGUGUCAAGACACAAGAAAUUUGAUGAAUUUUUCCGAGAGCUCCUAGAGAAUGCAGAAAAAUCACUAAAUGAUAUGUUUGUCCGAACUUAUGGAAUGCUGUACAUGCAGAAUUCUGAAGUAUUCCAGGAUCUCUUCACAGAGUUAAAACGAUAUUAUACUGGAGGUAAUGUGAAUCUGGAGGAGAUGCUGAAUGACUUCUGGGCUCGUCUGUUAGAAAGAAUGUUCCAACUCAUAAAUCCUCAGUAUCACUUCAGUGAGGAUUACCUGGAGUGUGUUAGCAAAUACACAGACCAGCUGAAACCCUUUGGAGAUGUACCCAGGAAACUGAAGAUUCAAGUGACAAGGGCUUUCAUUGCUGCUCGGACCUUUGUUCAGGGACUGACCGUAGGCAGAGAAGUUGCAAACAGGGUUUCCAAGGUCAGUCCAACCCCAGGGUGCAUCCGAGCACUAAUGAAGAUGCUGUACUGCCCAUAUUGUCGAGGACUUCCCACUGUGAAACCUUGUAACAACUACUGCCUCAAUGUAAUGAAGGGAUGCUUGGCAAAUCAGGCUGAUCUAGACACAGAAUGGAACCUGUUUAUAGAUGCCAUGCUUUUGGUAGCAGAGAGGCUAGAGGGGCCAUUCAACAUCGAAUCAGUAAUGGAUCCUAUUGACGUCAAGAUUUCUGAAGCCAUCAUGAACAUGCAAGAAAACAGCAUGCAAGUAUCAGCAAAGGUCUUUCAGGGAUGUGGCCAGCCCAAGCCUGCUCCUGCUCUGAGGUCAUCCCGUUCAGCGCCUGAAAAUUUUAAUACCCGCUUUAGGCCAUACAAUCCUGAGGAAAGGCCAACAACAGCUGCUGGUACAAGUUUGGAUAGGCUGAGGACUAUCUGGAAGACAAUGCAACAUAGUGUUACAGAUAUAAAGGAGAAGCUGAAAUUGUCCAAAAAGUUCUGGUCUGCUUUACCCUACACCAUCUGCAAGGAUGAGAGAGUGACAGCUGGCACGUCAAAUGAAGAGGAAUGUUGGAAUGGGCACAGCAAAUCCAGAUACUUACCUGAGAUCAUGAAUGAUGGACUAACCAAUCAGAUCAAUAAUCCAGAAGUCGAUGUAGACAUCACUAGACCAGACACUUUCAUAAGACAACAGAUCAUGGCCUUGCGGGUGAUGACCAACAAGUUAAAAAAUGCAUACAAUGGAAAUGAUGUGAAUUUCCAAGAUACAAGUGAUGAAACCAGUGGCUCAGGAAGUGGCAGUGGCUGUAUGGAUGACAUCUGCCCCACCGAAUUUGAUUUCGUUACCACCGAAGCACCUCCUGUUGAUUCAGAUAGGAGAGAAGUGGACUCUUCAGCCCACAAGCUCAGCCACUCACUCCUCACAUGGUCCAUCCUCUUCCUUGUAGUCUCACUGCAGAGACAGUGGAGAUAAUCCUGGAUUUUGGUCAGAUAAACUGAGUUUUAGCUAUAUGAACAGCCAACUUCUUUUUCUUACACUAUUGGACAAUGGACCAUGACACAAUACUUACAGUUUUCUAUGAGAAGAGAGCAGUACUGCAAUCUGCUUCCCUUUUGUUUUCCCAAAGAGUACCGGGUGCCAGACUGAACCGCUUCCUAUUUCCUUCAGCUAUCUAUGUGGAGACCAUGUCUAUUCUUGAGUGAAUUCUUACUCAAAUCUUUCUUAUCAAGGGACUUUCUUACCUUCAUUUGCUUCUAUGCUGCAGAAGUAAAGGGAUCUCACAUUGUGGGGUUUUUAUUUCCUUUCAAAAAAGGGCAGGGAGGAGGUGAUAGGGGAGAGCAAGAUGAAAGAAAAUAUUUUUUCUUCAAAAAUCAGGCCAAAUCCCAAGACUGCUGCAUUUUCAACAAACAGGAGGCAAAGGAAGAUAGAAAAAAAAAAAAGAUUAAAAAAAAAAGACCCUAAACGAUAUCAUUUUUUAAAUUGACAGCCAGCCCUCUAACAUGGGCUUCUUUAUGAAAAUUCAGGUUUAUAAAAUGGUCUUUGGAAGAAAGGAAUUUUUUCUAAGAAAAAAAAAAGUUGUGAAAAUACAGUAUGUCUUGCACUCUU